AUGAUGAAGAUCAAGGCCAAGUUUGAUACUGAAGAAGGUCUGAACUUCAUCCAACAGUACUACAUCAAUCAAGGACUGAAGAAGUUUGGUGAUGAUGGAAAGGAUGCUGUGGAGAAGGAAUUGAGACAAAUGCUUCUGAGAGAUUGUUUCACUCCCGAAUUUGUUAGAGACAUGACCGCGUCUGAGCAAAAGAAGACCCAAUCAGCGAUGAUGUUAGUAGCGGAGAAGCAAUUCAAAAAGACAAAUAAAGGUUGUUUAGUAUACCAAGGCGAUGGAACUCGUGAAUGGUUAUUGCAAGAGGACACUGCAAGUCCAACUGCUUUGCAAGAAGCAAUCACCACUACUCGUGUUAUUGAUGCACACAAAGGUAGAGAUGUAUUGACAAUGAACAUGCCUAACGCUUUCAUUCAAACUUAUAUGCCUGAAGCUAAGGAGGGAGAAGAUCGUAUCUACAUGAAAAUCACUGGCAUGAUGGUCCAGAUAUUGAUUGACAUGGCCCCAGAGUAUCGCAAAUACGUUGUAUUAGAGAACAGAAAGCGAGUAAUCUAUGUGCGGGUACUACGUGCUAUAUAUGGGAUGUUACAAUCAAGCCUCCUAUUCUAUAAUCAGUUUUGA